AUGCAAAAAUUAGCCCCCGAAGUUGGUAUUAAAAUCUUAGGCUUCUCUUCUGAUGGAGAUACACUGUUGUUAAAAGCAAUGCAAACAAGUGCAUACUCACAACAAAGCUCUCAAUAUUAUGUACAAGACACGGUUCAUAUAGGAACAAAACUCAGAACUAGACUUUUAAAACCAAAUGUAACAUUACCAAUUGGAAACUUUUUGAUAUCAGCAUCACAUUAA